AUGAGCAUUGGCAGAGGCAACCAAGAUUGUUUUCGUGGGCAACCUGGGCUCAGCUAUGAGACAUGCUGCCAGGAAAGGUGGCAAGAAGAACUUUGCUGGGGUGUCGAUGUGGAAGGGGUUGGAGAAUAUUGCUGUGAGCGCGAUGACAGCUCAUUGGUCGAAAUGGAGCUGUGGAGUUUAGUUGGCAAUAUUAUUGUGGAGGUUGCGUCUGCUGUGGACUGUGAACUGGCAACCUGGCAGGAUGGAACAUCUGGCAAGUGUGAGAAAGCUUUGCUAGGCAAGCUGGUUCAGCUAGACGUCGUUGACGCGAAGUGGGUCCACAAUGUGUGGGCUGCCGCAAUGAAAAACAGGACCGGCAGAACUUCUGUCGAAAGGCUUCACUUUGCCAUGCUCUUAUGCCAGACGUUCCUGCAUUCGCGAACUGCAUCAUUCGUGCAAGCUUUUGAAAAUGAUUUGUUGACUCCGCUUCGAGUCUCGCAUGCCGCAGGAGCUGACGAACUGCGUCGAUAUUCAUUGCUUGCUACAGCUAAAAGUUGGGUCAGGCAGCUGGCCGUUCUUAGGAGUGCGCCACGCAACCUCGGCGUUGUUCACCUUGCUCUUGUUGCAUCUGUUGGGGAGCCGGUGUUCGCGUUUAAGGCCAUGGCUACAAUCCGGUCCGCAUUAUUUUUCGCUCGACGCAAGAAGUUGCACUUCCACCUCUUUGUGGAUGCUGCUGGUGAAGAGGCCAUGCGCUACUGCCUGGAUGAACUGUGGCAGCAUGAGCCCAUUUUGGCAGCCCGUGCUGCAGCCUUUGAGCUGCACGGAGAAGCAGUGCUGCACCAUUUCUUCAAGCUCCUUCGAGCGAGCAUUGUACCCGCAUGUCUGGGGCAAACAAAGCAUUUUGGUGAUGCCGGCUGGAUUAGACUUUUCGUACACGAGCUCCUAAGAAGUCGUCCCGAGGUGGACUUGCUAGUGUUUGUAGACGCUGGAGAUUACGUAUUUCUCAAAGAUGUGUCGCAGAUCCUGAUACAGCGACAGCAUUUCCGAGCAUCGCAGCUUGCCGCGUCGCCGCGAGGCGCAGCAAUGCCGUUUCAGCUCUUGGAUUUGCAACGCAUGAGGCGCCAGAACUUUACAAGGAUUCUUUCAGAGGCCGUCCGGGAGGGCUUCGAGUCGGAUGGUCAGUUUUGCAGCCUUGGGGAGGGCUUUGCCACCGAGCGGCUUGCUUCAAACGCAAGGCUUUGGCAUGUUUUCGAGGAGCCCUGGGUUGUCGACCCCCGGGAACACGGAGGUGUACAACUUCGAGGCGGGGGCGUCCACAACGUGUGGAAUAAUGAAGUUGAUGGUGCGAUCUGGCGAGAUCGGGUCUAUCCAGGGCUCUUCGACUGGACUGUCUUGAGAGUACAUUGCCCACUCUUUCUGGAGAGCUUCUUUGCAACGGCCUUGCAAGGGAAACUGCCGCCAAGUCGCUCACAAUACAAAUUUCUUGGAUGGGCAGUGGGCUGGUAUCAUCUCGGAAGCAUUGGCAACUGGACGUUGGAAGAAACGGGCUUACUGGGAGGAGAUCACAGCUUUGUCCGUUGCAAUGAGAAGGCGUCGGGUGUGCAUUUUACUUCGACCCUGAAAAGUGUCCCGUGGGCCAGAAACUUCCUGAAUUUCUGGUCCGGUGCUACAGAGCUGGGUCGCGACGGCCCAUGGGGCGAAGACGAGCAGGACUGGCUGCAGCGCUCACUGACUUCGGCAGCGACCUUUUUCCGCGCCGAGGAAUAG